AUAUUUCUCAACACUUUCACAAACUCUGCUUGAAUUAACUAACUCCUCACAGAAACGAAAAUGCAAUCCUUGUCACUCAGACUGGGCAAGAGGCUCUCCGAUGCUUCCAAGCCUCACUGGAGAAUCUCACCAAACCUUCUCGCUCAUGCAUCAACCACCUCUUCCUCCCCUUCCCCACCGUCAACUCCGAUCUCCGCCGCCUCCACUCUCAACAACCUCCUCUCCGCUCCAUGGUCCGCAUCUCAAACCCGCGGAUUGACUUUCUCCGGAUCUCAUGUUCCACCUCAUAGCGUAGCUGGUUAUGCCACAGUUGCUGCUACUACAGAAGAUGACAUCAAAAGGAAGGAGCGAAACAGUGGAUUGAGGAAUCAAGGCAUAAAGACAAAGAGAGAGCAGCUCCUAAAAGUUACUGCAGUUGUUCCCCUUCUUUUAGUAUACCCAAACGCCUAUUCACUGCUCGCGGCAAAUUUCUUCGUAUUCUGGCACAUAAAUGCAGGGAUCGAAGAGAUUUUGGCAGAUUAUGUUCACCAUGAAAUGACCAGGGAAUUUAUCUUCAUUUCUCUCAGGUUGUUCUUGAUAAUAGCUAUUAAGGAUGUUUUCUUAAACUUCGUAUUUGUGUGAUUGGAUAGAGCUUGGAUGCCGCUGACAUUGCCUUACAAUAAGAGCUCCCUGAGGAGCAAACUUGAGAAACCUGUUGAAUAGUUUUUUCCGCUUCUUCAACUUAGAGGCGAGGUAACAUGAUAACUUCAUGAUUUAUCAAAGUUAAUAGAUGAAUUAUAUUUUGCUUGACAA